AGUAACAACAACAAACAUGGCUUCAAUGUUAACAAAAAACUUGAGACGUGUUGUCGGUGCUGGAAAGCAGCCAAAAUUAAUGUUAGCUGCCCUUAAUAACAGCUUCUAUACUUAUGCCAAUGAAAUUUCGCAUCCAUUGAAUCGUGUUCCACCAAAUGGAACACCCGAAGAAGCUGUUAAAUGCAUUAAAUCCGGUGAUGUUGUCUUCUGUUCGGGCGCUGCUGCCACUCCCAUCACUCUCAUCAAUGCCAUGGUUGAACAUGGCAAAUCGAGUAACCUAAAAGAUGUCACUGUCUGUCACAUGCACACCGAAGGUCCAGCUGCCUACACUGAACCCGGCAAUGAUAAGAUUUUCCGCUCGAACUCCUUCUUUAUGGGCGGCAAUGUACGUAAAGCCGUUGCCGAAGGUCGUGGCGAUAACUUUUCGAUUUUCUUGCAUGAAAUUCCACAAUUGUUCUAUAAGAAAAUUGUACAACCCGAUGUUGCCUUGAUCCAUGUUUCACCACCCGAUCGUCAUGGUUUCUGUUCGUUGGGUACCAGUGUGGAUUGUGUUAGAGCUGCUUUGUUGCACUCCAAGAAAAUUGUUGCCCAAGUCAACAAACAAAUGCCUCGUACCUUUGGUGAUGCCGCUAUCCAUUCAUCCCAUUUCGAUUAUAUGACUGAAAUCGAUGUACCCCUACCUCAACAUGGCGGCAAGGGUCCCAGCGAAGUUGAGGCCAAAAUUGGUAAAUUGAUUGCCGAGAAUUUGGUCCAUGAUGGUGCCACCUUGCAAAUGGGUAUCGGUAACAUUCCCGAUGCUGUCUUGAAUGCCUUGCACAAUCACAAGGAUUUGGGUAUCCAUUCGGAAAUGUUUGCCAACGGUGUUGUCGAUUUGGUUAAGGCCGGUGCCGUUACCAAUCGCAUGAAGAAAAUGCACCAAGGUCGCAUUGUGGGUUCCUUCUUGAUUGGUAAUCAAGCUUUGUAUGACUUUGUCAAUGAUAAUCCCUUCAUUGAAAUGUAUGCCAUCGAUUAUGUCAACAAUACCAGCGUAAUCAAACAACAACCCCGCAUGACUGCCAUUAACUCCUGCAUUGAAGUCGAUUUGACUGGUCAAGUGUGUUCCGAUUCCAUUGGUACACGUUUCUUCUCUGGCUUUGGUGGCCAGGUCGAUUUCAUUCGUGGUGCCGCUGAAGGUGUCGACGGCAAGGGUGUACCAAUCAUUGCCAUGCCCUCCGUUACCAACAAGGGUGAAAGCAAAAUUGUGCCCAUUCUCAAGCCAGGUGCCGGUGUUGUCACCUCUCGUGCCCAUGUCCACUAUGUUGUCACCGAACACGGCAUUGCCUCACUGUUUGGCAAGAAUAUGCGUCAACGUGCUUAUGAACUUAUUCAAAUUGCUCAUCCCGAUCACCGCCAGACCUUGGAGAAGCAGGCCUUUGAACGUUUGAAGGUUAUGCCAUCAAAGGAUUAAA